AAAAAAACAAAAACAAAAUGGCUUGUGUAUCAGACAUUGAUUUGGCCACUUUACAUAAAACCCGGCUGGAAGAACGUUUAAAUUAUAAAUUAUCCUUUCAACAACCCCAUCAUCAUCAACAUCAUCACCACACCUACGAUGGUUUCAGCAACAUGACCCGCAUGUGUUUGCAACGCAAUGCUGCCGUUUAUAAUCCACAACAACAUCAUCAUCAUCAUGCCACAAACGAGGCAAAUGCCACAAAAACAAAAGAUUUAAAUGGCAAUUGCGUCAUGGACAAUUUAACCAACAAAAUAAAACAUUUGAAUUUUAUGAAUAAACAAAAGUUACUAAUAAAUCGUGGUGAUUCUUCGUCAAGUUUAGAUGAUGAUGAGGAUUUAAAUUAUUUCUCAUCCAGCACUAGAAGACGCCGUUCAGGAACAUGGCCGCGCACACGAAGUUUAAAUGCCCCCUCACCUUUUCAACAAUUUGGACCAUGUGGACGUAUAAUGAAAAAUCCGGCCAUGGUUAUGCAAAUUCAGGACCCUGCCAGUCAGCGUCUGACUUGGUACAAACCCCCUCUAACGGUAUUGGUAAUCAAAAAAGUACGUGACUCUAUGGUGAUGGCACCAUUUGUCCAAUUAGUUGAAUGGUUGGUGCAAGAAAAACACAUGGUUGUAUGGGUGGAAUCGGCUGUAUUAGACGAUCCUACGCUACAAGAAGAUAAGAAAUUUCAGUCGGUUAAGGAAAAACUGGUAACAUUCAAAGAUGGUCGUGAUGAUUUAACAGAUCGUAUAGAUUUCAUUGUUUGCUUGGGUGGUGAUGGUACUCUAUUGUAUGCUUCGCUGUUGUUCCAACAAUCUGUGCCGCCUGUCAUGGCCUUUCAUUUGGGCUCCUUGGGUUUUCUGACACCAUUCCAAUUUGAUAAUUUCCAAGAACAAGUAACAAAUGUUUUAGAAGGUCAUGCCGCUUUAACAUUGCGCAGCCGUUUGCGUUGCGUCAUUUACAGAAAAACCGAUCGUCGUAAAGAUUCCUCAGAGCAAACGCAACAAUUGAAUUGCAGCAUGUCGGCGGACAGUGGUGUGUCUAUGGACUCCUGUGCGGGUAUACCAACAGUGGGCAAAGGUUGCUCCAGAUCACCUUCCACAAAUAUAUUGGUUUUAAAUGAAGUUGUUAUUGAUCGUGGGCCAUCACCCUAUUUAAGUAAUAUUGAUUUAUUUUUGGAUGGCAAGUAUAUUACAUCGGUGCAGGGUGAUGGCUUAAUUGUUUCCACACCCACCGGCAGUACGGCGUAUGCUGUGGCAGCUGGUGCCUCUAUGAUACAUCCAUCAGUACCCGCGAUUAUGGUGACACCCAUUUGUCCACAUUCACUAAGUUUUCGUCCGAUUGUUGUACCAGCAGGAGUUGAACUGAAGAUUUCUGUAUCACCCGACAGCCGAAACACCUCCUGGGUAUCAUUUGAUGGUCGCAAUCGGCAAGAGCUUUUCCAUGGUGACAGCUUAAGAGUGACCACCUCGAUUUAUCCGGUGCCCAGUAUAUGUGCUCAAGAUCAAAUAUCCGAUUGGUUUGAUUCGUUGGCCGAAUGUUUGCACUGGAAUGUGCGCAAGAAGCAAAAGUGCCUAGACGAAUUGUCGGACUUGACCGCUUCGGGUUCGGAGGAUACGUUGGAUGAGCUGGAAAGAGGCUCGGAUUCUUUGUUAGAUAGUUAAAAAAACUAAUUGUUAAACAAUUAAAUUAAAUCGCUAUUAUAAUCAUACAAAAGCAUACAAUUUCAUUUAAAUAACAACAAUAUUACUAGUAAGGCAAAGCAAAGCAAACAAAAAAAAUUAAAAAUGCAAUAAUAAAUAAGCUUCAAGUUGGUGUUAAUAGGUAUAAACAAAAAUUAAACUAAAAAGCUUAAAUUACUUAUAAAAGCUUAUAUGUAAAAGAAACAAAAAAAAACAAGUCUUAGAAAGCAAUGAAUGAAUGUAUUAAUUAUGUUAAUAAUGAUAGUUUGAAAUAUAUAGUAUCUGUUGCCAAUUAUGAAAUAUUGAUAAAUGUAAUGCAUGAUUAUCAACAAACAUUAUUAGUAAAAUCCAAUUGUAGUAAGCUCAAAUUGUUUAUUUUUUUUUUCUACACAAAAAUUUCAUUUUAGUUUGUUUCAAAAAUGUUGUAAACAUUUUGUUUAGCUUAAUUUAUUUCUAUUUAAUUUAAAAACUAACUAUUUUAUAGGGUUUUUUAGUAAUUUUACACCCACUCCCCUCUUCAACAAAACAAAACAUUAAAGACAUCUAAAAUUUUGUUUUAAAAUUUUUAAAAAAGCAAAUGUUAUUAUUCCAAAGCAUAUUUUAUUAUUAUUAAGCUGGUUUAAAAAUAAAAAAUGUUUAUAAGUUUAUUUGUUUUGGUUUAUUUUUUAGUUUCUGUAAAUGCUCGCUGAGUUUUUAGUUUUAUUUUAAAAAAUGGUUGGCUUUUUUUAAGAGUUGUCUUGUGUAUUCUAUAAAUUAGGUUUUCUUUAGUUUUAGUAUUCAUACACACUCACUCUACUACUUAAAACAACAAACAAAAUAAACAAUAAAAUAUUUUUUUUAUAUAUAUAAAUAUUAAUCGUUAAUUAAUAAUAUGUAUGUAUGUAUUCAAAUUUACUUAGGUCCUGUUUUUCUACUAAGUUUUACAAUUUUUUAAAAAGAUAUAAAAUAAUAAUAAAAAAAAAAUACUCUUGUUUGUAAAAAAAAAACUAAAAUGAAAA